GGUCCUCUUCUUCACCUUCACCUCCAUCUCCGCCUCAGCCUGCGCCUCCACCUCCACCACCUCCUCCUCCUCCUCCUCCUAUUUUGUAUAUUUGAUGGGCUUUUCCUCCUUUCCAUGGCCGCUGCCGUCGCCUUCGCUAGAUCGGCCGGUGGUGCUCGUACCCGCCCCGAACCAGUAGCCGGCCCGCUUCCCUGCACCCGGUCGAAGCCCAUCGUCGGCUUCCUCCGCCUCCACCUCACCCUCCUCCACUCUCUUUCCUAACCCCCGGCACGCGCCACUAGUCCGAUCGAUGGCCCUAGUCUUCCUCCAUCACGUCGUCGGCGACCUCACCCUCGGCAAGCCCGAGCUGGUCGAGUUCUCCGAGGCGGAGACGGUCGAGGCGGCCGUCAGCGCCAUCGGGAACUCCGCCGAGGGCGCGAUCACUGUCUGGCGGACGAAGCCCGCCGCCGCGGCAGCGCGCCCUCCGGCCGAGCGGUUCGUCGGGAUGCUGAACUCGUCGGACGUAGUGGCCUUCCUCGCGCUUUCCGGCGCCGACCCGGAGAAGGCCAUGAGGACGCCCGUCGCGGAGGUGGUGACGCCCAACCCCGGCCUGUUGAAGGAGGUGGAUCCCGGAACAAGGUUAAUUGAUGCACUGGAGAUGAUGAAGCAAGGGGUGAGAUGCCUCCUUGUGCGCAAAAGCAUCAUGUGGAAAGGCUUCAGCAAGCGUUUCUCCAUCCUUUAUAAUGGUAAAUGGCUUAAGAACAUUCAGAGCUCAUCCUUAGGUGGAGUAAGCAACAGUGAUCAACCAUCAUCUUCUGCUCUCCCUGACAAUAAGUUUUGCUGCCUUUCUCGGGAAGAUGUAGUACGUUUUAUAAUUGGCUGCCUUGGUGCUCUAGCCCCCCUUCCUCUAUCUUCUAUUGCAUCUCUCGGAGCCAUCAGCACAACCUACUCUUUUAUCGAAGCCCCCUCGCCAGCCUUUGAAGCCAUCUAUAAGAUUCCUCAUGACCCAUGUGCGAUUGCAGUUAUAGAGACAAACUCUGAUGGCACUCACAAGAUAAUUGGAGAUAUAUCUGCAUAUAAGUUAUGGAAAUGUGAUUACUUGGCUGCUGCAUGGGCUAUGGCAAAUUUGUCAGCUGGGCAAUUUGUUAUAGGAGCAGAUGACUACGGCACGACACGAGCUUCAGUGCCUGAUUUCCCUAUCAACUCACCAACAGAUGGUUCUGGGCCUGGAGUCUCCUCAAGGCCUAGGAAGUUCAGCAGCAGGAGUAUUGGUUUCUUCAAUAAUCAGGUGAACCAGAUGCCAGUAGGGAGACUGAGGAGCAUGUACCGGGGGAGGAGUGCACCGUUGACAUGCAAGCAUACAAGUUCGUUGGCUGCCGUCAUGGCCCAGAUGCUGUCCCACAGGGCCACCCACGUGUGGGUAACGGAUGCUGAUAUGGAGGAUGACAUCCUGGUCGGCAUUGUCUCGUACACCGACAUUCUGAAUGCAGUCACUAAGUUCCCACCACCUUGAAUCUGUUUCCUUCCUCCUUGUGGUUGUUUGGUCAUAUUUGUGUUUGUAUACAGUUUGCAUGUAGUUGGCCCUCUUGAAAGAUUUCAAGCACUUCUUUUUUGAAUUCUACUUGUGUAAUUGAGUUGUUUAUUACUGCUACUGAAGCUUUCUUUAAUCUGUUCACUGUUUCCUCUGCCUUUGAUUUGUAGUAUGACAUGUUCAGUGAAAUUGUUAUCGUGAGAGGAAA